CAGUGACUGUUAAAAAUGACAGGCGGAGAUCGUCAGUCAGCAUUAGUAAACGCAGAUUCGUUCUGGUUUACAUAUACCCUGUCAUCUAUUGCGGCGAUUAUAGCAGAAACAGUAACAUAUCCGUUAGAUUUGACAAAGACCAGAUUGCAGAUCCAGGGUGAGACACAUGUGGGUGGACUCAUUGUCGCAGGACAGAAGAGAGGAAUGGUCAAAACUAUAGUUGGUAUAGGAAGCGAAGAGGGUGCCAUUAAACUCUUUCAAGGUCUCACUCCAGCUUUGUACAGACAUCUAUUGUAUACCGGUUGUAGAAUAUCUUUUUAUGAAAUCAUCAGGGACAAGGUUCUCAAGAAAAAUUCAGAUGGCAGCUUUCCUGUAUGGAAAUCAUCAUUAGGUGGCCUUACAGCAGGUGCUAUGGGUCAGUUCAUUGCUAGUCCUACAGAUCUGGUCAAAGUUCAGAUGCAGAUGGAAGGUCGACGAAGGUUAGAGGGUAAAGCUCCAAGAGUAAAAAGUACAGCUCAGGCAUUUCGAAAAAUAAUAACAGAGGAAGGUGUUAGAGGUCUAUACAGAGGCGUUGUGCCAAAUGUCCAGAGAGCAGCAUUAAUCAAUAUGGGAGAUCUAGCAACAUAUGAUACAGUUAAACAGGGAGUUUUACAGUAUACAUCUUUGACGGAUAAUUGGGUUACACAUACAAUAUCAGGUACCUGUUCCGGACUAUCAAUGGCCAUCUUAGGGACCCCAGCUGAUGUCAUAAAAACUAGAAUUAUGAAUCAACCAACAGAAAACGGAAGAGGUAAAUUAUAUGCAGGAUCAAUGGAUUGUUUGGUGAAGACAGUCAAUCAAGAAGGCUUCUUAGCUCUAUAUAAAGGAUUUUUACCGAUAUGGGGAAGACUUGGACCAUGGUCAUUGAUAUUCUGGAUAUCCUUUGAACAAAUCAGGAAGCUGUGUGGUGUAUCAUCAUUCUAAUCUCA